AGGAUAAUAUUUUUAUUCCAACAGACUCUUUCGUUAGACGAGGAUACCAAGAACUAGAGGUAGAAGAAGAAGAAGAAGAUCAUAAUGCCCAUAUCGGUUCUUCCUACGCCCCCUGACUUUCCACCUUCCAAACCACCCUCUAAGCCGACCAGAGGACCUGUGAAGACCAAUUAUGAGCCACCAAAUGGUUCCUCCGCGGUAGACCCAACUUCUUCGUCAUCAGCAACGGAAUCGAUAGCCUUACUCAAACAAGAAGCUCAGCUAUCUGUUCAAGCGUCUGCGAAAGGUGCUUCAGCGAUGGCGCUACUGCGUAAUACAAGAAACCAGUAUUUGUUAGCAACUAACUGCGAAACGCAGGGUGACUUGAAAGGUGCUUUCAUUGCUUUCAUGAAAGCCGCUAGCCUGGCCCAGAUGAUAUUCGGGACGGCCGAGUGGAGUCAGAAUGGUCAGAAUGCCCUUAAGAGGGAGUUGAAAGAUUUUAUGGAGAAGGAUAGCAAUGUAUGGUCGAGGCUGAAGGCAGUAGAGGCGAAAUUGAGGAUGUCAGAGGAGAGCAUGGCUACAUCGUCAUUAACCAGCCCAAGCGAAGGAAAUUCCGUGUCUCAGAAAUCUGGAGGGAGUAUCGCAGAUCGGAAGAAAGCCUUGCAAAACUCGGGCUUGUCUAUCUCGACCUCAAACAAGCGGUCCUCCAAAGAUCUGCAUGUUAACGGAACAUCGAUCUCCGCCGCCUUUUCCAAUGGGGUCAGUCCUCCAAGCCCGAAUACUAGUGCAAGCUCUACCAUUUCAUCGUCUUCGGGUUCGACUGCAGCAGCGCUGUCUACUUUAACAGGCUUGACUGCCCCUUCGACUGUUCCAGGAUCAUCGAUUAUUAAUCCUAUUCAUUCCUCUUCGUCGACAUCUUCCUCAUCAUCAUCAACGUCAACCUCGAACACUGCGUCCAGUUUCACUAGUACUUCUACAUCAUUUGGAUCAUCCCCUGCAUCUGCAUCCACCUCAUCCAUCUCCGCAUCAAAUUCAUCAAUCUACUCGCAUGCUUUCGUUUCACCAUCUUCAUUCGGUCCACCGUCCCCAGGGUCUUCUCCAUCUUCCUCACCUACUCUUCCCACUCGUUCAUUUUCCACCUCAUCGGAAUACAAUGCGUUCAAUGCCCAAUUUCCGAGCAUUGAUGAGCUAGACGAAUCCGAUGGGCGAUUAGACGGUUCAACACCGUUCAACCUUCCUAGCGUCCCUACUGGAAGGAGCACUAAUUCCAACCGAUCUGUUGGUUCUGCCAGGUCAGGCAGGUCGUUGAGGCGUAUGGGCUCAACAUCGAGUCUGAGAUCGAAUCGGUCGAUCAAGGACUUGAAAGAGAUCAACACCAAUGGAACUGGUGAGGCUUCUCCUUCAUCCUCCCCAGCUUCAGGAAUCCCGUCUACUGAUACGGGAGGCUCCAUUCGCGGUCAAGCCCCUCUUGCUUCACCCGUUCCGGCAACGCCAGGCACCCCUCAUGCCGCUUUACGAAACUUUAUGGUCCCCGUCGUAGAACGGCCGUCGAGUACACCUAGCACACCAUUUCGUGGUUCAGGUAGCAUAUGGGAUAGUCGACCUGGGUCGCCGACGCCUACUUCGACCUCGAAAGCUCCUCCGGUAGUACCAAACAAGCCUUCGGCGUUGUCGAAUUCAAGGAGUUUCUAUGGUAAUUUCGAUGACCCUAUUCCAAUUACCGGACCUAUUUCACCUACCAGUCUGGAUCCAUCACCGUCCAUCAAUGGGACAUCUCCUUUACCAUCGUUCACCACUCCUCCUUCGUCUUCCUCCCUCCUGACAUCGCCCACUGUCUCUAAUUCCUCUACCACUAUUCCCCAAAAGAAUACAUGUACACCAACAGAGCUAUACAACUAUUUACGGGAGCAUAAGAUAAUUCUGUUGGAUGUUCGGGAACGGGCAGAGUUUGAGAAGGGGCAUAUCGAGCUAGGGAAGGAGUCAAAGGGUGUUGCAUGGGUGUGUAUUGAGCCAGACGUCUUGAGGAGAACAGAUGUAACAUCGUAUUCAAUUGAAGACUCCCUCUCCCUCGCCCCCACAUCCGAGGCAUCUGCCUUCAACAAUCGUCAUAAGUUCGACCUUGUUGUACUAUAUGACAGGAGAUCAACCUCUUUCAGUUCUACCCCGCCGUCUAAACCUUCGUCAUCGCUUGUAUCAACUCCAAGCGCCUUUCCAGUUCCAGGCAGCCAUGUAACGAGUGAAGCAAGCAACCCUGAUAUGUCGACGCUGCUUCGUGCUAUCUGGGAACGCGAGUUCCGUAAAACAUUGAGAAGGAUGCCGAUGAUGCUUGUCGGAGGGUACGAGGCCUGGGUGAAGGAGUUUGGCAUAUCAGAGUCGGGUAUGUCGUCUAAUGGUCCUGCUGCCAGAACAACUACGGUAGUUAACGGCACACCCAAUGGCGUUGCAACGAACGGAGCUCACUCAUCCUCCGUGCCACCACCACCGAUGCCGCCUUCUAUAUCACCUCAAGGGUCACAAGGGAGAAAUCCCUUUGCACCUGGAGGUCCUUUGGCUUCCCCUGCAAUUUCUACACCUUCUGCUACUUUCUCUUUGCAACAUCCUGGAUCCAAUGGAUCGAGAAGUCGCGCUUCUACUAGUCCGUCUCGUCCUGGUGCUGCAGGGAUGGGUCAUAAGGUGAAUCACUCUGUUGAUAAAAGUGCUACUUCGGGUAGCAGCCACUCGAGGGCUCCAGCAGAGUCGGCACAUUCAAACGUCUCAUUGUCUAGAUCGGGGAGGGCAACACCCACUUUUGGACCAUCCACACCACUGUCACCAAAUUUAUCGGGGAAUGGUACGAAAAGGCCUCCUACUACAGGCAGAACGUCCUUCUCGUCGUCCUCCUCCAUGGUGACCGGGGCAACACCAUUAGGCGCAUCUGGACCGAUGUCUACUUUACCUGAAGGCGCCCUGGCGCCGACGAUUUUGAAUGGUGCUACGCCCAUCACUUACCCGUCGAUCUCCACGUACUCUCUUCCUUCGGCAUCCUUAUCUUCUGUUACGACAAGAAGUCCAGCUCCGUUUGAUGGUAUGAAUGGUAUGAAUGGAAUUGCCUCACCACCACUUCCACCACAAGCGUCUAUCAACCCGUCUGUGUCGAGGAGAAGGACGAGCGAUUACAUUGAUCAAAGUCAGGAAGCAUUGGCGUUGAGUGGGAUGAACAGCCCGGGGUAUUCGACUCCUGGAUUAGGAUCGCCAGGGUAUGCGAAUGGCAUAGGAGGAACAAGUGGAAUGAAUGCAUACAAUGGUCCCAGCAGCUCCGGGCUAAAUGGGAUGAAUACAUACGGUGGCUACAAUGGAUACAAUGCUAAUGGAGCGGUGAAUGGCAUAUCUACAAUCCCUCGGACAACGAUUGACUAUCCUGAACUAUCUUCUACUCAUCCCAUUCUACGACCGCCACCAGCCGUUGCUGCUGGCACGCUGGAAAGGCAAGAUAGCAUCAAGAGAUUUCCGACUCCCCCUUCAUCAUCUACGACCGGUGCUGGUUCCACAACCCCCUCCUACCCUGUCCCUUCCUCGCUCUCAUCCCCAUCCUUCAAAUCCUCGACAAGUAUCGCUCCUUCAGGCAUUUCCUCCACUGUGUUAAAGAAGUUGGGAUUAAGCCCCCUGCAUCCUGUCCCUCGUCUGAAGAGCGCAGAAUGGCCCCCAAGGUAUUGGGCAGACUCGCCUAUUGGAACGUCUGGGUUAAAGAAUAUGGGGAAUACAUGUUAUAUGAAUGCGCCGAUACAGUGUCUGAGUGCAACAGUACCAUUUGCGAGGUUUUUUACUGAGGUUGAUCUCAAAACUGCGAUUAACUACAUGAACAAGAUGAACUCGCAAGGGCAGCUGACGAGGGCGUUUUCGAGGCUCGUACAUGACAUCUGGCAUGGGGAUAUGCCGUAUAUCACUCCGAACGAUUUCCGGCGCACACUUUGUUCCCUCAAUGCACAAUACAUUGGCACUUCUCAACAUGACUCCCAGGAAUUCCUCUCCUUCCUCCUCGACGGUAUCCAUGAAGACACCAACAGAAUCAUGGCGCGCAAACCCAUUACCCGGACGCCCGAGGAAGAGGAACGAUUAGAAAACCUACCCCAGCAGAUUGCAGGAGAGUACGAAUGGCAGGUUUGGCGGCAGAGCAAUGAUAGUAUCAUUGUGGAUUUCUUUCAAGGAAUGUUCAGGAAUCAGCUGAGGUGUAUGAAAUGCGAGAAGACAUCCACGACCUAUAAUGCAUUCUCGAUACUAUCUUUACCGGUGCCCGCCCGUAGUGGUAAAAUCCCUCUACAGAAUUGUUUAAAGGCGUUCUUCAACGUCGAAGUCAUGGAAGGGGAUGAUGCGUGGGACUGCCCGCGCUGCAAGACCAAGCGCCCAGCAACCAAGACCCUGUCCCUUGCUCGUCUCCCCCCUGUCCUUGUCAUCCAUCUCAAGCGAUUCGAAGUCAAUGGCCGGUUCAGUGACAAAAUUGAUACCUUCGUCGAUUUUCCUGUCAAGGGAUUGGAUUUGACUGAACUCAUGCCUCCGCCGUUACCAGUGGGCGCAGAUCAAUCGUUAUUGAACGGAGGGAUGGUGAAUGGUGUCAUGUCGAGGGAUGACCCAAGGAUACAGGUGGGACCGUACAAGUAUGAGCUCUAUGGGGUGACGAACCAUUAUGGCAACCUGAGUAGUGGACAUUAUACUGCAUUUGUUGCAUCGCGGGGUGGAUGGCUUUACUGCGAUGACAGUUCGGUAAAGAACGUCGAUGCGAAGCAGGUCGUGAACCAAAAAGCUUAUGUUUUGUUUUAUAAGCGAGUCAAAGCCUAGAGAGAUCGAAGUUACAGAGCGAAACCCCACAUUUUGACAUUCUUUGUCAUCUUUCAUUUUUUGCAUUCAUGAUUGCUUUCCUCUUCCUCGUGCAUCUACAAUUACUUUUACUCAAUCUAUCCAUUAUUGUAUUCAUACUUUCCGUCAACGAGCAGUUCUCCCUACUUCCGCUUUCUGUUAUUUAGUAUCCAUUAUCCUCCACCUCAUACCAUUCUCAAUCCGCUCUCAAUUAUUUGUACUUAGCUGGAUGACGGGA